UCAGGACUUAGCCAUCAGCCUCUCUCUCUCUCCCCCCUUCGUAAGAACGGUGACUCCGAGAGUGUAAAGGCUUAUCGGAAAGAAGAAAGAAGAGAUGGAAGAGAGUCUACUAGCAAAAGACAGAGAGGAGAAACCAGAGAAGCUUAUCACAUGGAUCAGUUGGGGUCAAGAAGUGAAGAGAAUUAGUUACAUAGCAGGACCUGUGAUUCCUGUUCUCUCUUCCCAGUUCGUUCUUCAAAUUAUUUCAAUCAUGAUGGCUGGUCACCUCGAUGAGCUCUCUCUCUCCGGUACCGCCUUAGCUAUAUCCAUCGCCUCCGUCACCGGUUACAGUUUUCUCGUGGGAAUGGCAAGCGGACUAGAAACUCUGUGUGGGCAAGCUUAUGGAGCUAAGCAGUAUAAAAAACUAGGAAUGCUAACGUACACUGCCAUAUUUUCUCUCAUAUUUGUUUGUGUUCCGCUAUCUCUCGUUUGGAUCUACAUGGAAAAGAUCCUAGUUUUCAUAGGUCAGGAUCCUCUGAUUUCACAUGAAGCAGGCAAGUUCACAACCUGGCUUAUUCCCUCACUUUUUGGAUUUGCAUUUAUGCAACCUCUAAUCAGAUAUUACCAAAUGCAAAGCUUGGUUAUUCCCAUGCUUAUAAGCUCUUCUACCACUCUUAUUCUUGAUAUCCCACUUUGUUGGGCCUUGGUGUUCAAGUCUGGGCUUAACAGUGUUGGUGCGGCACUGGCAAUUGAUAUUUGUAUAUGGGCAAAUGUGAUUGUUCUUGCAUUAUACAUGACAUACUCUUCCACUUGUGAGAAGACAAGAGCUCCUAUUUCCAUGGAGCUUUUCAGAGGAAUUGGGGAGUUCUUGAGAUUUUCUGUCCCUUCUGCAGUUAUGAUGUGCCUGGAAUGGUGGUCAUUUGAGCUGCUGAUCUUGGCGUCUGGGCUAUUACCAAAUCCACAACUUGAAACUUCAGUUCUAUCAGUAUGCCUCAACACCCUCUCUACGCUCUAUACCAUUCCUUAUGGAAUUGGCGCUGCAGCAAGUACAAGGAUUUCAAAUGAACUAGGAGCUGGGAAUCCAGAUGCUGCACGAGUGGCCGUGGUAGCAUCAAUGUCACUGGCGGUGUUAGAAACAACAGUCAUAAGCUCAACCUUGUUUUUCUGUCGUCAUCUUUAUGGUUAUAUUUUCAGCAAUGAGAAGGAAGUUAUUGACUAUGUAACUGUCAUGGCUCCUCUGCUUUGUGUCUCUGUUAUAUUGGACAGCUUACAAGGUGUUCUUGCAGGGAUUGCUAGAGGAUGUGGAUGGCAACACAUUGGGGCUUACAUCAACCUUGGAGCCUAUUAUUUUUGUGGCAUUCCAGUGGCUGGUAUACUGAGUUUCUGGGUCAAGAUGAGAGGAAAAGGCCUUUGGAUUGGCAUUCAAUUUGGCUGUUUUGUGCAAACUGUUCUUCUUUCAAUCGUUACAUGCCGUAUAGAUUGGAAACAGAAGGCCAUCGAUGCUAGAAGGAGGCUUUUUGAAGAAUAGUUUGCAGUGGAAAAUGGACUCGUAUGAGUAGGCAAACUUUCUUUUCUUUUCUUUUUUAAAUAAGAAUUUUUUUUUUGGCAAAAUAUAUGAACCAUUUUUCGUCCUCUCAAUUCCUUACACUCUUAAGCUAGUAAAAUAGAUAUAGAGAAUUUUUAAGUUUAUCCAGUAAAAAAUCUACCACGU